AUGGCCCGACGGCUGGUGAUACUUAUCUGUUUCUUUGGUACCGGCCAUGCGGCGGUUUUGAAUUAUAGUUCGGAGAUUCCGGCGAUACCGGGAUUGGAAUCGAUGGCAUCGGAUAAGUAUCCACAUUUCUCGACGGUGGAGACGUUCUCGCGGACGAAAGUGCAUCGGCAUCGCAGAGAGGUUAUCGCGGGGCCGAUGUACGAUUGGAAUUCGUUCGAGAUUCCGUUCCAGAUUUGGGGAGGAGACUUCAACUUCCAAAACCUGAUCCGUCGUGGCAUCCGGAUGUGGGAAGAGUCAACGUGUCUACGGUUUCGCGAGAACAUGCAAGCUCGUGAUGCCAUAAGGUAUGUGUUGGAGAAUGGUGACUCGUGCUUUACGGAGUAUAUUGGAAGGAAUGGAGGGCAUCAAGAUAUUAUUAUUGGGAGUGAAUGUGCUGAGGAAUACGUCGUUGCUCACGAAACCGGACAUGCACUUGGAUUCUGGCAUACUCAUCAAAGACCAGACCGUGAUAGGUACAUUUCGAUCAACUGGAAGAACGUGAUGGACGAAGCGACGGCCUCAUUCAUGCCGUUUCGCAGCAUGUUGCAGGCAUUUGGAAUCCGACAGGUAUCACCCCGACGUGUACCUUAUGAUUACGGCUCACUGAUGCACUACCACGCGGUGGCACAUGCCGUUAAAGUUUCUGAUUUUACGAUCGUCCCAAAAGAGCUGAAGUAUGUGACGACAAUGGGAACUGAGAAAAUGGCUUUCCUCGACGCGAAGGUCAUCAACGAUAUCUAUUGUCCGAAUGCAUGCGCUGGGCGUACAAAUGUCAGAUGUCUGGCUGGGGGCUACGCGGAUCCGAAUAAUUGUGCGGUUUGUCGAUGCCCGGAAGGGCUUGGCGGUGUGGACUGCUCGAUUCUCCAAGCGUCACCGUGCGGCGGCGAAUUGAGAGGAACGGAUACUUGGCAGACGCUGACUAGCCCGAGAGGAAAAUCAAUCUCGUGUUACUGGAGGAUAUCGGUUCCGGAGGGUUCGAGACUUCGCUUCCGGUUGUCUGAUGGGGAAUUCCCAUGCUCGUAUGGAUGCCAAUCAUAUGUCGAGAUUAAGCAUAAGCUUGACGUCAGAUUGACUGGAUUUAGGAGCUGCUGUUAUCGCCCAAAAGAAGAUACAAUCUCCGAGUCAAACCAAAUAUUCGUCAUCUACCAUCCGAAUGGCCGAACAGCCCGUUUCUCGUUGCGUUUCAAGCGUCAAGUU